CGCGCUUCUUCUGCUACGUGACCUGGGUCCUCGGGCCGCUCUCCUGAGCCCCGAGCACCAGGCAGACGGGAGCUGGAUUGGCACUGGCGGUGAGGGAGGGAGUGAAAAGCGAGGCGAGUCGCGAGCGGAGUCGCGUGCGCGGGCGCGCAGCUCCGGGCCACGCCAGCCGGCCUGUCGCCGCCAGACUCGGAUUGCCCGUGAGAGCGGCUUUGCGCCCGCGACCCCUCGAAGACCACAGCUGCUCAGCCGAAGUGCACCAGCGCAGUCCACGCGACAGCCCACGCGGGACAGGUCCCUGGAUGAGAAGGAGCUGACAGCAGCCGAGUCCCACCUUCUCUGCGUGCUGGGGAGCGGGGCCUCACAACCCAAGUGGCAGGCAUGCCUAAGAACAGCAAGGUGACCCAGCGUGAGCACAGCGGUGAGCAUGUCACCGAGUCGGUGGCCGACCUUCUGGCCCUCGAGGAGCCCGUGGACUAUAAGCAGAGUGUGCUGAAUGUGGCCGGGGAGGCAGGUAGCAAGCAGAAGGCUGUGGAGGAGGAACUGGAUGCAGAGGACCGGCCAGCCUGGAACAGCAAGCUGCAGUACAUCCUGGCCCAGAUCGGCUUCUCCGUGGGCCUCGGCAACAUCUGGAGGUUCCCCUACCUGUGCCAGAAAAAUGGAGGAGGUGCCUACCUGGUGCCCUACCUGGUGCUGCUGAUCAUCAUUGGGAUCCCACUCUUCUUCCUGGAGUUGGCCGUGGGCCAGAGGAUCCGCCGCGGCAGCAUCGGUGUGUGGCACUACGUUUGUCCCCACCUGGGUGGCAUCGGCUUCUCCAGCUGUAUCGUCUGCCUCUUUGUGGGGCUGUAUUAUAAUGUGAUCAUCGGGUGGAGCAUCUUUUACUUCUUCAAGUCCUUUCAAUACCCACUGCCCUGGAGUGAAUGUCCUGUCAUCAGGAAUGGGACCGUGGCAGUGGUGGAGGCAGAGUGUGAAAAGAGCUCAGCCACCACCUACUUCUGGUACCGAGAGGCCUUAGACAUCUCUGAUUCCAUCUCGGAGAGUGGGGGCCUCAACUGGAAGAUGACCCUGUGCCUCCUCGCGGCUUGGAGCAUUGUGGGCAUGGCUGUCGUCAAAGGCAUCCAGUCCUCAGGAAAGGUGAUGUAUUUCAGCUCCCUCUUUCCCUACGUGGUGCUGGCCUGCUUCCUGGUCCGGGGCCUGCUACUGAGAGGGGCAGUUGAUGGCAUCCUACACAUGUUCACUCCCAAGCUGGACAAGAUGCUGGACCCCCAGGUGUGGCGGGAGGCAGCUACACAGGUCUUCUUCGCCCUGGGGCUGGGCUUUGGUGGCGUCAUCGCCUUCUCCAGCUACAACAAGCAGGACAACAACUGCCACUUUGAUGCUGCCCUGGUGUCCUUCAUCAACUUCUUCACCUCAGUGCUGGCCACCCUCGUGGUGUUUGCUGUGCUGGGCUUCAAGGCCAACAUCAUGAAUGAGAAGUGUGUGGUCGAGAAUGCUGAAAAAAUCCUGGGGUACCUCAAUAACAAUGUCCUAAGCCGGGACCUCAUCCCACCCCACGUCAACUUCUCCCACCUGACCACGAAGGACUACAUGGAGAUGUACAAUGUCAUUAUGACCGUGAAGGAGGAUGGCUUCUCAGCCCUGGGUCUUGACCCCUGCCUUCUGGAGGAUGAACUGAACAAGUCAGUGCAGGGCACAGGCCUGGCCUUCAUCGCCUUCACCGAGGCCAUGACGCACUUCCCUGCCUCCCCGUUCUGGUCCGUCAUGUUCUUCCUGAUGCUCAUCAACCUGGGCCUGGGCAGUAUGAUCGGCACCAUGGCGGGCAUCACCACGCCCAUCAUUGACACCUUCAAGGUGCCCAAGGAGAUGUUCACAGUGGGCUGCUGUGUCUUUGCAUUCUUCGUGGGGCUGUUGUUCGUCCAGCGCUCUGGAAACUACUUUGUCACGAUGUUUGAUGAUUACUCGGCUACCCUACCACUCACCGUCAUCGUCAUCCUCGAGAACAUCGCUGUGGCUUGGAUCUAUGGAACUAAGAAGUUCAUGCAGGAGCUGACAGAGAUGCUGGGCUUCCGACCUUAUCGCUUCUACUACUACAUGUGGAAGUUCGUGUCUCCACUGUGCAUGGCCGUGCUCACUACCGCCAGCAUCAUCCAGCUGGGGGUCACGCCCCCGGGCUACAGUGCCUGGAUCAAGGAAGAGGCUGCCGAGCGCUACCUGUAUUUCCCCAACUGGGCCAUGGCCAUCCUGAUCACCCUCAUUGCUGUGGCAACCCUGCCCAUCCCUGUGGUGUUCAUCCUACGGCACUUCCACCUGCUCUCCGACGGCUCCAACACUCUCUCGGUGUCCUACAAGAAGGGCCGCAUGAUGAAGGACAUCUCUAACCUGGAGGAGAAUGAUGAGACUCGCUUCAUCCUCAGCAAGGUUCCCAGUGAGGCACCCUCCCCCAUGCCCACUCACCGCUCCUACCUGGGACCUGGCAGCACGUCACCCCUGGAAACCAGUGGCAACCCCAAUGGACGCUAUGGGAGUGGCUACCUCCUGGCCAGUACCCCUGAGUCGGAGCUGUGACCACUGCCCUGGUCCCACAUGCCUCUCCCCUAUACCCAACCUGCCCACUUGUCCAGGCCUGGCCUGUUCCUCCACAGUGGCCACUGGGCCCAGGCCAGGCCCUUUGCCCAAGGAGAAAGGGUCUGCCUUGCCUCAUUCUCCACUUAAGUUCCAGCAGACCCUGUUCCCUCGGCUUGAACAGGGGCCAUAGCAGCUCUGUUCCCCAAUCAGGCCCCCAACCCAGCUAUCCCUCUGAGAGUCUCUCACCAGAUUGCAGCUGCACAAUCGGAACACCACAGAGUCCUGAUUCCCAGGGCAGGGAGACUCCAAGUGGCCCUGUAGGAGUCACUCAGCCCUCCCUCUCUUCCUGUGACUGCCACCUGCAGUUCUUAGGGCUCAGGGGUUCCCCUGUGCUGCCACGUGGUGGUGGGGAGAGGUAUUGGGGCCAGGAAUGAGGUGUGAACUUUAGCUCAGUCAACUCCCUGAUUGAAGACUGUGGUUGGGGAUAGAUGUGCCAGGGUUUGGGGCUUAGACUUGGGGGAGAGGCAUGCGAGCAUCCCCAAGUUUUGUUUCCUGAGUUGGACCUCAAGUUAAGGGAGCUAUUCUGCCCUGGGCUCCUGGUGGCAUCUUAAGAUGUCCUUACCCCUGCCUGGGGUUGUUGGGCUAUACUCUUGCAUCUUGCCUGGGAGGCAGUGACUGGACCCAGAAUGCUUCCCCAUCUUGAUUAGGGCUUAGCCAUCUCCCUGCCCCACCCCGACCCCCACCCCAGAUCCUAGAGUGGUAGCCUCUACAUCUCUUCUGGAGAGAGAAUGGGACAGUGCAAAGAGAGGUUUCCAGAGCACAAAUUGAUGGUUCCCAGAAUAAUUUAGAUGGUUUGGAGCACAAUUGUGAAGCACACACCCACUCUGCUCACCUGCAGCCAAAUUUUCUCUCUAGUGGCAGCUUUUCCCCUGGAACAGGGGCCCCUGGGGCUCAGGGGCUCAUCCCCAAGAAGCCUCACUCUGGGGGAAAGACAGAUAAUUUCACUGCCCCUUUGAUCCACCACUCACUCCUUGUUGCACAAGCACAGCCUCCCCCUCCCCACAGUGUGCAUGUUGUGUGCAAACCCCUUAGAAGCCUUUCCUAAGCCUCCUGGGCCCAUGGCAGGCAGCACCAGAGGCAGUGCUGUGGAUGUUGAAGGCUGCCAAGGUCAAGGGAUAAACUUAUCUCCUGAGGCCUGGGCCCUGCAGGAGGCUACAACUGAUGGCUGCAUCCCCACCCACUCUCCAGGGGUAGACCCUGGAGGAGCAGCUGUCUUCAGAGCACAGCCUGGGAAGAUUCAGAAACUAACCUGAGGAUAAAGGUCUGUGAGAGAUGGCUGGAUGGCUGGAUGGCUGAAUGGGUAGAAAAAAGGAAGACAGGCGGGCAGACUGUCUUUGAAGCUCUUGUGGGCAGGGCAGGAGCCACAACAGUGCUAGUCCUGGACACAUUCACGAAGGGUCCCAAAAAAAAACAGAAGAAAUAGACUAUGCCCUCCUUUACCCCUGAGUUCCUUUGUCUCCACCCACCCUGCCAGCUGGGGAGGCCCAACCCCACUGGGCCAUCUCCCUUACUCAUCCUCCCCCACACCUCCCAUUUCUCCCACAAGUCAUUUCCUGAAUGUUUAGGGAGAGGGCAAGAGACCCACAUCUCCCCACGGAGAUGAGCUUUUGGGGCACAACAUCCUGCCGUAGGCCCCCUCACCUAACAACACCUCCUACCUGGCCCCAUGCCUGAUCCUAAGCAGAAUUAGCAACAGGAAAAGCAAGGCCCCAGGAGAGACACUCUACUAUAUAUACUCUCCUAUAUAUUCUAUUUCUAUUGUAUAUUCAAUCUGUACAUGUGGGUGUAAAUGCUGUUAAAUGACAAACCCAAUAUUAUACUGUGGCUGGUGGACUAUUUUCAUCCUCA